GCAGACAUGCGCCCGGGUACAAGGAACAACAUCAGGCCGACAAGAUCUCAAAAACUUCGACAACGUGAUUAUUCAUGUGCGUCUCAACGUCCUUGACAUGAUGUUUCUCUGGACAUGGAUGUCGCGAUUUGCCGUGGCGGUCGGGCUGCUUGUGAGCGCAUUGGCCCAGCUUUGCACCCCAGAAUAUGGAUACGAAGGGUACGCCUACAUAGUAAACGACCAGUCGGAUCUGGAUGCAAUUGCAGCAAACUGUACGACUGUCAACGGGACCAUUAUCAUGUCUGCCAACUACACCGGUGGCUUCAACCUGUCCAACAUCCGAAACAUUACAGAAAACAUCCAGUGGUUCCAAGCGAACCGUUCUGAUGUUCGUCCCCAAACUACCUCAAUAUAUUUACCCGAUCUCAAGUACCUAGGUGGAACUUUGGAUAUGCCUGGCAUUCCAACCUUGACGAGCCUCAUUGCACCAAAGCUGGCAACGGUGGGUUGGAGUCUGAGCAUUGAUUACGUUCAGGAGGUAGAUCUGCGAUCAUUGGUCGAUUUAGAGUAUCUGAGUAUUACUGGCAAUGUUUCCAGCUUACGCCUCGACUCCUUGCGACAGGUUCGCGAAAGUAUCCUUAUCUGCAACAAAGUCAGUUGCAAUUCGAAAAUUUCACCCAAUGGCUCUUUGGAUCUUUACCUCCCUGCGCUUCAGAGUGCAGGCAACAUGGAUCUGGAGGGAAGAUUCUCUAGUUUUGACACGCCGAACCUCACAAACAUCACUGGACUCGGAGCACUCUAUUAUAGUAUCAAGCUCCUCACAUCCGGAGGAUCGGCGAUUAACAUAUCCUUCCCUGAACUGAAAUAUAUUCCAGGAGGAGCUGUAGAUUUCGAAGGAAAUAUUGGAAGUUUAUCGAUACCCGACAUAAGCAAUAUGAGCGCCUUGUUUACUGUCGAUGCUUACGACCGGUUGGACAUCAACUUGCCUUUCCAGGAAGCGGCAUAUAUAACACUAACAGGCAAUAUCACGAGUGUCCGACUCCCAAAUUUAACGUCAAUCGAGCAAUUCACAGUUAACUCAGAUGCUGACAUCGACUGUAAAUCCUUGGAGCAGACAAUAACGACUGCGACAAAUAAGUCGGAGCCCUUGGUGAUCUGCUCGACCAGUUGGACCAGUUCGGGCUCGCAUUUUAGUCUUCAUCUUCAUCUUGGUGCCAAAGUCGCAUUUGGCGUCUUUAUUGGCAUUUUUGUUGAAUUCGCCAUGUCGUAAAGUGGUAGCCCUCUUUUAACUGAAUAAUCAAUUAGAAUUUCAAAUAACUAGCUUUCGAGAGAUGAGCAGGUGAACAGUGUUCACUUGAUCGAGCUUUCAGAAGCAAACAACAUGAAGUUUAAUAAUACUCCCGAGGGAUUAUCAUUAAGUACAUGAAAAUUUUCCCAGACCCGCUUAAUUUUGAUGGUUGAAGUGAAAAUGGUACCUGAGUCCCUAACCUUUGAGUUGUUCUCGAUCCAGCAGAUUCCAUCAGGUCCUUUUGCUCAACAGCCGUUUAUAUAUAUGAUGGAU